AUGCUGAUCUUGAUCAGUGGCUGCGGCCACUUCCACAGGAAAGAGACAGCAAUCAAGGAAGUUGCAGGCGGUUUGAUUCUCACCCAUGUUUCCCUAGCGAUAGCUAUCAUCGUGCAGAUGUACAAAAAGACACUCACAUCUGUUGAUGCUGCAAUCGGCGCAGCUGUCUUGGACGCCCAGAACGUCGCUCUACACAUCCCUGUGGCGGCCAAACAGACUCUCGCAGCUCGAUGGCAAGUGCUCAUUCUCAUACCGGCUCAGAUAUUGGGUCUUGCGUUUCUGCCAGUCCUGGUAAUCAAGUUCAUCGAAGGAAGCUUCACAUCGGAAGAUUGCAACUGUUUCGGCUUCUUCUGGUGGUCCCAUUUCAGCGACUGUGAGGUCUUCCCCAGCAGCGAGCUUUCUCUCUUCUGGAUCUACUACUCGCUCCGAUGGAUUAUGUGGGCCCAGGCGUCCGUUCAUUCCAUAUAUAACGCCGAAUGGUUCCACAGGUCUGAGAAGGAGGGACGCAUUCCGGUUUCCUUCUCAGAAAAUGGUUCAGAAGAUGACUCAAAGGAAGCUAGAGUCCUUGAGAGGCAGCAGUUCCCGGAGCGAAGGUUGGAGAAAGCGACAAUUCAGACUGGUCUUUUGUACAAGGAAUACUCGGCUACAACGUCAGUGUCUCAUACGACAUAUGCGCUUUACUCAAUCACAUCGAUGGCUGUUGCAGAGGUUACUAUUCGAAAGUACAGCCUUCAGCCUGUUUCCCAAGUGAACUCGAUCGGCCAAAUCAUUGCUAUGGUUGUUGCGCUCGCUACCUUCAUUCGGGUCGUUUGGAGUUUUCAGAAUCUCUACAAUCGGUUCGAAAACAAUUCUUUUCCGGACCUGGUCUUUAAUCCUCGCACAUCAUGGCCCGCAUGGUGUUGUUGCGUCGACUCAAAGGAAGAUGGCACGGGGGGUGGUCAAGCCUCGACCUCGCCAAAACAAGAUGGAGAAGACUCUCGGAAAGAAUCAGAAACUGAUAGCGAACAUCGUGGCUCUGGAGGACGGCGAUCUCCCCAAUAUGCAGCGCCGAUUUCCCCAUCCAAACGUGAAGCGGGUGGUCAGCCUGAUCAAUAUCUCCAACAAUACCCUCAACCACCCGCUUCGCGCAAUGGCCGGCCAUUGUUGGAUGACACUGAUAGGCCAAAGACGCAGCCAUAUUCAUUCCUCGAAAAGGACAGCGGAACACAAUACAAUCUACCAGGACAGCCGAAUACGCUACCACAGCGAAGCCAUCCUUACGAGCCAGGAUAUCGAUUCGAGUUCCGCCAGCCAUUCCACCUAGAUGCCGUAAAGCAGCUUUUCCUUCCUACUUUCACUCAAUAUUUGGAAGCCCGAAAAGAGGAAAAGGUUGCGGUUCCGACAAACGAUGUUCCAACCACGCCUCCAUUUGAGCCAACAGCCUACACCUUGCCUGUACAGUCACAGACAAGUGUCAGUAAGGGAAAAGCUCCGCUGUCGCUAUCAGUCGAAGAAGCACCGCAUCAAGCAGAGGUUUCGACUUCCGCCAGUAGUGAACACCCUGGUAUAACCAGCGGUAAGCCCUCCAAUUCGAUUAGUGGCAACAUGAAACUGGGGACAGACAACAGCAACGUGACAAUCUGGCCACAAAAAGACCACGCACUCAAAGAAUUACAGCCACAGUCUGCUACACGGCGUGAUAUGACCCCAGCAUCGAUCUCGACCCGUUCUGGACCCCAGGAACAUGAGCCAACAGCCGCUAAAGAGCCCGAAGAACAACAGCCAGCAUCCCUUAGCUUCCCAAUACAGACACCAGAGGAGGAACUACCAGAAUUCUCGAAGGCUGGUGCGGCUGCAAAAUCUUUAGAACCAGUAAUCAGUUACCAAGGAUUUGAUGAGCGCCAAGGUGUACAAUAUGGUGUGCCGCAAGAUAAUGGCUCUGCACACACAGAGGAGAAAAGUCCACUGCCACUCUCGAUAUCUUGUCCGUGGCGAGACUCUGCUGAUCCAAUUCCGUCAACUUCGAAUCUCACCGAUAUAGGACUUGGGUCGAAAAUAGAGAACCCUGGUAUCGCAGACCAGUCAGAAACUGGCGAAGGACCGCAGGAACCGGAGGCUCGGUCUGAGACAGGUCGCGCAUCAAUCAGAAGUGUUGAUCCGAUCGACACGGAAGACCAAAAGACGGAAGACCAUUCCACAACCGCUCUAGAUUCUGGGGGUUUGGAGCUAGAGUCAGCGCAUCUCUCGCUUAUUGGAAGAGAGGAAGACCUACAGGAACAGUCGAGACGAGAUCCAUCGGCACGUCCAUGGGGCCUUGUCACAAGUGAUCUACGAGGAGUUUCCUCCAGAGAAGUUUCACCCGACGACCUUCAUCGCGAUCCUCCCGGUCUAAGGCUCAAGAGAACGCGGAAACAACAGAGCGAUACCGUCUGGAAAGACUAUUCCUCAUUUCUCCGACACUGCCUCACCUUUGAAGGACAUGGGGAGCAUUCUGAAACGAAAAUGUGCCACCAAUGUGCGAAGUCUAGCACAUUUUCAAAUCCCGCUCCGCAGUUUUUUCGUUUAACAGAACUCGCCAGGCACAUCUGGGACGAGCAUCUGCACAAGGUCGAGUGCGAUCCGUCAUCGCCAUCACUACCGCAAGCAGAGCAGGGCAAAGGGAAAUCGGCGGAGGCUUCAGGACUUGGACGCAGCGAGUGUAUCGACGAUGGAAGAGUUCAUCAGGGGACUGUUAUCGAUCUCAGCAUCUUCGAGCCCCAUCCAUCAGGCUUCAACAGCUUAGCUUUACACUAG